AGCAUGAAGGCUGGUUCGCAUUCCAAUCGAAAAUGUGGUAUCCUAAUUAUCAUUGCAGCAGUUGCAGCAAUAAAUCUUUUUGAUUCGCAAAAAUGUCACGCUGUACCCAUUGUUGGCGGUCGAAUUGUUGCCAGCGAGGGCAGCAGCAUCUCCAAGUAUCCGUAUAUGGUGUCGUUGCAAGAUGCGCACUACGCAUAUGGCAACAAUAGAAAUGCGAGUCUAAAAUGGAUUUAUCAGCACUUUUGUGGUGGAAGUUUAAUAAGUGAACGUUGGAUACUGAGUGCUGCUCACUGCGUAUGGAGAAAAAACAUUCAUCAGAUUGUGGCCUUUAUUGGAUAUGAGAACAUUGAAAAUGUGCAUGAUCUUGAACCGUAUGGCGUGGAAAGAACUGAGUAUAUUUACUUUCAACCUUCAAACUACCGCAACGAUAUUGCGUUACUCCAAUUGGAUCGUGAAUUUAAAAGCCAACUCAGCAGCAAUUUGCAAUACGCUCAGCUGCCGCCACAGGGCAUGAAACCGCACAGCAAUGAAUCGUGUCGCAUUAUUGGCUAUGGCGCCACACGGCAUGCAGGACCCUCGCAAAAGCAGCUCUUCGAGGCCGAGGUGCGUGUCAUUGGCCAUCAGCAGUGUCGCGACAUUAUUGGCCACAUUUGGGCGCCCAAGAAUGGCGGCAAUACGGUUUGUGCGCUGGGCAACAAUCAGGAUUCGUGUCAAGGCGAUUCGGGUGGACCGUUGAUAUGUCGGUAUGGUGAUGGCGGAGGUGAAUAUAUCUAUGGUCUGGUAUCGCAUGGUCUGACCUGUGGUAUUAAGGGAAUGCCCAGCAUCUAUACGGUGACGCGACCCUAUUACGAUUGGGUUCAGCUGUUGGUGCAAAAGACCUGGACAUGAUGAUGAUAAUGUAUGUAUAAAUGUAUGUAUAAUUUAUUUAUUAUACGUUAUCUCAAACAAAAAACAUUACACGAAUAUAAUAAUGUAUAUGCUACGACAAUGCAAGGAUUAUUAAAAAAUAAUAACAACAA